AUGUUUCUUUCUGCUCUUCUUGAGGGGCGCUCGCCCGCCUCGCAACAGCAGCAGCAGCAACAGCAGCAGCAGCAGCAGCAACGAGCCGAUGCGGGGGUAUUCUUAGAGCUUCGUCAAGCGGUGCAGCACCGCAAGCAGCAGCAGCAGCAGCAAGGCCCUGCUGCUGCUGCUCCACUGCAGCAACAAGAACAGCAGCAGCAACAUCCUCCGCACCACCACAACCUUCGACAUCAUCAGCAGCAGCAGCAAGGGCAGCACCAGCAACAGCAGCAGCAGCAGCAAAAGCAGCAGCAGCAGCAGCAGCAGCAGAGAUGGGGCACUGAGGUGUUGGCUCGGUGGAAGUCGGUGGAUGCGGCUUUGCUGCGGCCUGCUGCUGCUGCUGUAGCAGCUGCUGCAACAGCACCUGCUGUUUCUGCUGCUGCUGCUGCUGCUGCUGAGGAAGCAGCAAAGCAAUGGGGCUUAGAGCACGGCGUUGCUGCUGCAUUGAGACAAAACCUGCAGCAGCAGCUGCAGCAGCGCUCUUCGUGGCAGGCGGUGCAGCAACGCGUUUGCUGCGCCGCAGAGACGCGAGCAGCAGCAAGAGCAGCAGCAGCAGCAGCAGCUGCUGCUGCAUGCAAAACAAAGCUGCAGCAGCAGCAGCAGCUGGCAGUACUGGAGGGGAUGCUGCAGCAGCUGCCCGCAGCAGAAGCAGAAGCAGCACGGCAACGGUUGUUGCUGCCCCCGCAGUGCAGCAGCAGCAGCGACAGCAGCAGCAGCAGCAGCAGCAGCACAACUACAUUCGGGCGAGUAGACACUGAGCAGCAGCAGCAGCAGGAGCUCUCCCCAGAGGCUCUGGCUUUGCUGCAGCAACUGACAGCCUAUCCGCAAGAACAGCAGCAGCAGCAGCAGAAACUCGUGCUGCUGCGCUCUGUUCCCAAGGUGCUUCAGGAGCUGCAGCAGCAGAAGCAGCAAAUGCAGCAGCAGCUGCAGCAACUCGCCCUGGACACCUGCGACGACAAUCAGAGCGGCCAGCAGCAGCAACAGCAGCAGCAGCAGCAGCAGCAGCAAGAAGAACUGGAGGAGGCAGCAGGGUGCGUGCAGCAGUUGGGAGCGCUCGUGGGAGAGCUGCAGCAGCUGCAGCAGCAAUUUUCUCCGCUGCAGCAGCAACACGAGCAGCAAGAAGGCGAGGGCCUGCUGCUGCAGCAGCUGCACUCUGCUGCUGCCGAGUCGUUGCUGCAGAGGAGGAAGGCUCUCUUCUUAGAGCAUCUUUCUAUUUCCAUCAAGCUGACUGAGGAAGCUGCAGACUUGUUGCAGGCCUGUGAAACAGCAGCAGCAGCAACAGCAGCAGCAGCAUCAGCAGCAGCAGGAUCUGAGGGUUUGUCGUGCCUGGGCAGUAGUGAGGCUUCUUUGCUGCUGCUGCUGCAGCAGAUUGGAGUUAUUCUUGCUGCUGAGGUGCUGCCUCCCCGCAGCAGCAGCUUCGUUGCACGGCGGCUGCUGCUGCUGCUGCCUCGCUGCAGACGGUUGCUGCUGCAGGCAGCACGCAGCGCCUUGACGUUGGUUCAUUGGGGUAGAGCUGCUGCUGCUGCUGUUGCUGCUGCUGAUGCUGCUGCUGCGGCGGAUGGUGCUGCGGCUCCUGCUGCUGCUGAUGCUGCCGGUGCUGCUGCUUCUGCUGCUGAUGCUGCUGCUGCUGCUGCUGCGGUUUCCUUUGCAACCGACGCAGAGGGCGGCAAAGACACUGCCGAGCAUGCAGCAGCAGCAACAGCAGCAACAGCAGCAACAACAGCAACAGCAGCAGGCAAUGAUAAGCUCAUCCCUGCAGCGCGAGAGCAUCUUGUAAAAGCCCUUGGAGCGCUGCUGCUGCUGCAGCGGCUGCAGUGUCUCAGCGAGUCGGUGAUGACACCAGCAGGAGCAGCAGGAGCAGCAGGAGCAGCAGGAAGAGUAGCUACUGCAGCAGCAGUAGCUACUGCAGCAGCAGGAGCAGCAGCAGGAGGCGAACGUGCCUUUGCUGCAUUCUACGAGCUGCAGCCGCUGCAGCUGUGGGCAGCAGCAGCACUGGCGCAGCCGCUGCUGCUAGCGUUUGUUUUUUUCUUUAUGCGUGGAGGCGGCUCUCAGCUGCAGCGGUUAGAUAGGCCUCAAUGGGCUGCUGCCUUCGUGCUGCAGCUGCUGCAGCAACUGCAGCAAAGCGCAGCAGACGGGGGGCUCCUAGACUGGAGCGAGUGGCGACAAGCAAGCAGCAACAGCAGCAGCAGCAGCAGCAGCAGCAGCAGCGGGGAAAGCAGCAAGCUACAGCUGUCGCCGCGGCUGCAGCAAUGGCUGCUAAUUUCCUCGAUGAACUGUUGCAGCAGCAGCAGCAAAAACGACGGAGGCGAGGCAGCAGCAGCAACAGCAGGGGCCGAGCUGCUGCAGCGCCUUGCUGCUGCUGCUGCAGCAGAACUAGACCCGAUGGUUCUGGUGUCUGUACACCUCGCUCGGGCCUUCAGGCUUUGUGUGCGGCAGCGGCUGCCUUUCCUGGUGUAUACGCAGCCUGACACUACAGCAGCAACAGCAGCAGCAGCAGCAGCAGCAACAGCAGCAGCACCCACCCCUGCCCCCCCAUUCAGCGGCGGAGCAGCGCUGGUGCUGCUGCACCUGGAGCAACUGCUGCUGCUGCAUUCGCAUUUUAAGGUCUUCAGCAGCAAAGCUGCUGCAGAGGUAAUGCGAGAUGCAGAUAACAACGAGCCUAUCCGCUGUAUGUAUACUCAGCAGCAGCAGCAGCAGCAACAGCAGCAGGAACAGAAGCAGCAGCAGCAGCAGCAGCAGCAGCAGAGAGGGGCCCUCGGGUCGCUUUCAGACGAGGAGGAGGCAGCAGAUCUUUGGGAGGAGGAUGUGCUGCUAAGCAGCAGCAGCAGCAACAGCAGCAGCAGCAGCGACGAAGAGACACCUGCAGCAGCAGCAGCAGGCAGCGACAGCAGCACGAGUGUACGGGGCACCUCUGUCGAAUCAGAAACAGCAGCAGCAGCAGCAGCAGCAGGAACAGCAGCAGCAGCAGCAGCAAAUGAAGAUGAAGAUGAGUAUAUGUCGCCCGUUGAGUUGCUGAAAUCAGCAGAGCCGCUUUGUCUCCCCUACGGGCCCUGGGGAAGCCCCCCUUCCCUGCUGCAGCAGCAGCAACAGCAGCAGCAGCAGCAGCAGCAGCAGCAGCAGCAGCAGCAGGGUGUGAGCGUGGGCUUUCUGGAGUAUUGGGUUUCUCUAGAUGCUGCAUUCGCUGAAAGGGAGAUAAAAGAAAAAAUAAAAGCAGCAGAAGCAGCAACAGCAGCAGCAGCAGCAGCAGCAGCAAAUCCACUGCAGCAGAAGGCAGCCGACUCAAGAGAAGACGAAGCCCACAUAAGUGGUUUAGGGUUUGCUGUUAUUUGCCUCCUUACAAACUCAAAUCGCCGCAUGGCGGCCCUCAACGCGGAGACGGCCAUCGAGUGCUACGCAAAAGGAGUUGUAGGGACUGCGCUGUCUCUGUUUAUAUCUGCAAUAACAUCGAAUUGGCGUUCUCUUCUUCUUUCUUCUUCUUUAUCUUUAUCUUCAUCUUUAUCUUUAUCUUCAUCUUCAUCUUUAUCUUCUUCUUUAUUUAACGCUGCACGUCUUGUUAAUUCAACAGCGGAAGUCAAUGCGGUCUUCUCACGGCUACACCUCAAACACCGACUCCCUCAGAUAGGGAAGCAGCUGCAGGAUUUGGAGCAGCAGAUGAUGAGGCAUUUGAAAGACGAAAUAAAAGACAGAGCUGAGGCAAGCACAAACCACCCAGCAGCAGCAGCAGCAGCAGUUGCUGCUGCUGCUGCUGCUGCAACAGCUGAGGCAGCAACAGGAACAGUAGCAGCACCAGCAACUACAGUAGCAGAACCGGAGGCAACACUACAAGCAGCAGCAGCAGCAACAGUAGCAGCAGCAGAAACAGUAGCAACAGUAGCAGCAGCAGAAACAGCAGCAGCAGCAGCAGCAGCAGGGCAGGACGUGUUGCGGGCUGUGUUGCGUUUGUCUUCGUUUUCUGGGGGUGUGCUGCCAGUAGACAAGCAUUUGCUGAAGCAGCUGAAGCAGCAGCAACAGCAGCAGCAAAAAGCAAGUGCUGCUGCAACUGCUGCUGCAGCGUUUAGCAGCACUCUGAGGUCUGUGCAGCAGGCAGCAACUGCAUGGAAGGCAAACGCAGCCGCAGCCAACCAGCAGCAGCAGCAGCAGCAGCAGCAGACGGAGGAGGAAGGCAUAUUCGAGACAGCGAAAAAGGUUUUUGCUGCACUGCAGCUUCCACCACUGCCUCCAGCCGACACUCUCCUCGUCCUUCAGCUGCUAACAGCACCGGCUUUUCAGCAGCAGCAACAGCAGCAGCAGCAGCAGAAGCAGCAACAUCGCCAGAAGCACCAGCAGCGGCACAACCACAAGCAGUAG